CCAAGAUGCUCAAGAAAAAGUCUGAUGUUUACUCGGUUGAGGUCUAUGGGACAAAAGAUCUGCAUAAAACAGAGAUUGAAGAUGAAGAGGAGAAGCACAAAGACUCAAAAGGCAACAAGAAGAAAAAGAAGGCAGAUGAUCUGAAGAAAGAACUGGACCUGGAUGACCACAGGCUCAGCACCUCAGAGCUGGAGAAGAAGUAUGGUACCAGCAUUGACAAAGGUCUCUCGAGCGCCAGAGCCGCGGAGAUCCUGGCUCGGGACGGCCCCAACGCGCUCACUCCCCCCAAAGCCACCCCCGAAAUCGUCAAGUUCCUCAAGCAGAUGAUCGGGGGCUUCUCCAUCCUCCUGUGGAUCGGGGCUGCCUUCUCCUGGAUCUCCUUUGGCAUCCAGCUGGCACAGGGGGUGGAUUCAGCCUUUGACAAUCUCUACCUCGGAGUAGUCCUGGCUCUGGUUGUCAUCCUCACUGGUAUCUUUGCUUAUUAUCAAGAAGCCAAAAGCACAAACAUCAUGGCCAGCUUCAGCAAGAUGAUCCCACAGCAAGCUCUUGUCCUGAGGGAUGCCGAGAAGAAGGAGCUGCCAGCAGACCAGCUGGUGGUUGGGGACAUUGUGGAGAUCAAGGGUGGGGACAGGAUCCCUGCAGACAUUCGCCUCAUCUUCACUCAGGGCUGCAAGGUGGACAAUUCUUCACUCACAGGGGAGUCAGAGCCACAGUCCCGCUCCUGUGACUUCACCCACGAGAACCCCCUGGAGACCAGGAACAUUGCCUUCUACUCCACCACCUGCGUGGAAGGCACUGCCACCGGCAUUGUCAUCAACACCGGGGACCGCACCAUCAUUGGCCGCAUCGCCUCCCUGGCCUCGGGCGUGGGCAACGAGAAGACGCCCAUCGCCAUCGAGAUCGAGCACUUCGUGUACCUGGUGGCAGGAGUGGCCAUCUCCAUCGGCGUCCUCUUCUUCAUCAUCUCCGUCUCCAUGCGCUACAAGAUCCUGGACUCCAUCAUCUUCCUCAUCGGCAUCAUCGUGGCGAACGUGCCCGAGGGGCUGCUGGCCACGGUGACGGUGAGCCUGUCCCUCACGGCCAAGCGCAUGGCCAAGAAGAACUGCUUGGUGAAGAACCUGGAGGCUGUGGAGACGCUCGGCUCCACCUCCAUCAUCUGCUCUGACAAGACAGGAACCCUCACCCAGAACAGGAUGACUGUUGCACACCUCUGGUUUGACAACCAGAUCUACUCAGCCGACACCAGUGAAGAUCAGACAACCCAGUCCUUUGAUCAAAGUUCCCCCUCGUGGGCAGCGUUAUCAAAAAUCGUCACUCUCUGCAACCGGGCGGAAUUCCGACCAGGACAGGAGAAUCUCCCCAUCAUGAAGAGGGUCGUGGUUGGAGAUGCCUCUGAAACAGCUCUGCUGAAAUUCUCUGAGGUCAUUCUGGGAGAUGUGAUGAACAUCAGAGCACAGAACAAGAAAGUGGCUGAAAUCCCUUUCAACUCCACCAACAAAUUCCAGCUCUCCAUCCACGAGACCGACGACCCCCACGACAAACGCUUCCUGCUGGUGAUGAAAGGAGCCCCAGAGAGGAUUUUGGAGAGGUGCAGCACCAUCAUGAUCAACGGCAAGGAGGAGCCUCUGGACAGUGAGAAGGCAGAAGCUUUCCAGACAGCCUACAUGGAGCUGGGGGGCAUGGGGGAGAGAGUGCUGGGUUUCUGCCACUUGUACCUGCCUGAGAACGAGUUUCCAGAGACCUUCCAGUUUGACACAGAUUCCAUGAACUUCCCGACCUCCAACCUGUGCUUUGUGGGGCUCCUGUCCAUGAUUGACCCCCCUCGCUCCACGGUGCCCGACGCUGUCUCCAAGUGCCGCAGUGCCGGCAUCAAGGUCAUUAUGGUCACUGGUGACCAUCCCAUCACGGCCAAGGCCAUUGCCAAGAGCGUGGGCAUCAUUUCAGCCACCAGUGAGACCGUGGAGGACAUUGCCAAGCGCCUCAACAUCCCUGUGGAGCAGGUCAACAGGAGGGAGGCCACGGCAGCCGUGGUGAACGGGAUGGAGCUGAAGGAGAUGAGCGCGGAGCAGCUGGACGAGAUCCUGCGCGAGCACGCCGAGAUCGUCUUUGCGCGCACGUCGCCCCAGCAGAAGCUGAUCAUCGUGGAGGGCUGCCAGAGGCAGGGAGCAGUGGUUGCCGUGACUGGAGAUGGAGUCAAUGACUCCCCUGCCCUAAAAAAAGCAGAUAUUGGGAUUGCCAUGGGGAUUGCUGGUUCUGACGCAGCCAAAAAUGCAGCUGAUAUGGUCCUGCUGGAUGAUAACUUUGCUUCCAUUGUCACAGGAGUGGAGGAAGGCCGCCUGAUCUUUGACAACCUGAAGAAAACCAUUGCCUACACCCUGACCAAGAACAUUGCUGAGCUCUGCCCCUUCCUCAUCUACAUCAUUGCCAGCAUCCCAAUGCCCAUUGGCACCAUCACCAUCCUCUUCAUCGACCUGGGCACUGACAUUAUCCCCUCGGUGGCACUGGCUUAUGAGAAAGCUGAGAGUGACAUCAUGAACAGGAGACCUCGGAACAAGAGGAGGGACCGGCUGGUGAACGAGCAGCUGGCUGUGUACUCCUACCUGCAGAUUGGAAUCAUGCAGUCUGUGGGGGCCUUUGUCACCUAUUUCACCGUCUAUGCCGAGCAAGGGUUCCUCCCCUCCACGCUGCUGGGAGUGAGAGUGGACUGGGAGAGCAAUGCCAUCAACGACUUCGAGGAUUCCUACGGGCAGCAAUGGACCAAAUACCAGCGCACGUACCUGCAGUGGACUGGCUACACAGCCUUCUUUGUCAGCAUCACCAUCCAGCAGGUGGCUGAUCUGAUCAUCAGGAAAACUCGGAGGAAUUCCAUUUUCCGGCAGGGCCUCUUCAGGAACAAAGUCAUCUGGGUGGGGAUAUUCUCGCAGAUAGGGAUUGCUCUGAUUCUCACCUACGGCCUUGGACAUGUUACAGCCCUGAAUUUCACUCCACUCAGGUUCCAGUACUGGUUUGUGGCUGUUCCUUUUGCCAUCCUGAUCUGGGUCUACGAUGAAAUCCGAAAGCUGCUCAUCAGGAGAUACCCAGGAAGUUGGUGGGACAAGAACAUGUAUUACUGAACACUCCUGAGCAAGGAGAGCUCCUUCCCCACCUGGCCCAGCCUCUGCUGCUUUCAAGUCCUGUCUGUGCAAUACCAAGCAUGGAUCCCCCGUGCUGGGGUGAAGAGAUUUCAUGAAUUCCAUGAAGAAAUAAGGACUUUAGAGGCUGAGAAAUUACCUCCCACUGUACUGUAAAGCCUAGAAAUUGAAAUACUAUCUAUUUUUAUAACUCCUACGAUUUCCCCUCGUUCAGAGAUGGAGUUGGAGAGGAAAACCAUCCAAAGACAGGAACUCCACACAAUCCAAGGCAUUAAUUUGCACUGAAGGAGUUGUUUGCUGAUUUUUGUGCUGGUAGAACUGAAUUCCUAAUUCUGUUUUACCUUGUCACGGGUAA